AUGGACAUUACGCAAAUCCGUGAUUGGGCCUUUAUACCUGGACUUCCUGACGACACUGGGCCGAUCCGUGCUCUGCUCCAUACCUACAGCAACAUUCCUCAAGAUGAGAUAGAUCAGCAUCUUCUUCGUAUUAGAGAAGAGGCCUGGAAGGUUACGAAAUUCCCGUGCAUUGGCAGAUGGAAAUUUCUCCGUCUUACUGACACCUCAGAUGCUUGCUAUCGCCAGGUCCUCUUCCGACUUCGUCUUCCAAAAUCAAGGGACGCUCUCCUAGACCUUGGCUGCUGUGUUGGACAAGCACUGAGGCAGUUCCAUGCUGAUGGCGUCGACAGCUCACAGCUCUUUGGGAUUGAUAUCGAGCCCAGGCUGAUAGACAUUGGUUAUGAUUUAUUCAACGAUAGAGACCAAUUCAAAGCUACAUUUGUGAUCGGGGACAUGGCUGAUCCUGAUGAUAAGCGCCCUUUACAACUUCAGGGAAUGGUCACCAUGAUCCACGCCGAUAGCUUCUUUCACCUCUUCAAUUGGACCCAACAGCUCUACAUCGGGUGCCGCCUGGUCGCAUUCUUAAAACAGGGGACUAAGAACGCAUUGAUAUAUGGAAGGCAGGCGGGGAUAAAGGAUGUCUGCUCACCCGCAGAUGAAAUCCCAUAUCUUCACAGCCAAGCCAGCUUCCAGCGUUUGUGGGACGAAAUUGGAAAAAUGACCAGGACAAAGUGGAAGGUUGAAAUUAGCUUUGAAGACGACAUUGACCCGUUUCCAGGCAUUGCUAUCGAAGUAGCUGCUAUUAGUUUCACAAUAUACCAGAUAGCAUGA